AGGAUUUCAUCGAAUCCAUCUUGCGGUACAAACUCUGAGAAGACGAAGUUGUUAAUUUUUCCCUCUUCAAUAUUCAAACACACUCUCUCUGUAAAGUCGUAAAGCUUCUUCUACUUUCCUCUUUCUACGAACACCGUCACAUUUCGCUAACACCAUGAGGAGGUUUUUCGGCCGAGCAUCAACUGCAGAGCCAACUCAGACGGCGUCUCCGACGACUUCUCCGUUGCCGCCGUUUCCACCGCCUCCCGCUAACACUGCCACAGGACCGGCGAGGCCUAUCCGCUUCGUGUACUGCGACGAGAAAGGCAAGUUUCAGAUCGAUCCGGAGGCCCUUGCGGUGCUGCAGCUCGUUAAGGAGCCCGUUGGCGUUGUGUCCGUCUGCGGACGCGCGCGCCAAGGCAAGAGCUAUAUACUAAACCAGCUUCUUGGGAGGAGUAGUGGAUUUCAAGUGGCAUCAACUCAUCGUCCAUGUACAAAAGGUCUUUGGUUGUGGAGUGCACCACUAAAGAGAACAGCUCUAGAUGGAACAGAGUAUAACCUUUUGCUGAUAGACACUGAAGGAAUUGAUGCUUAUGAUCAAACUGGAACAUACAGCACUCAAAUAUUUUCUUUGGCAGUCCUGCUAUCAAGCAUGUUUAUUUAUAAUCAGAUGGGUGGUAUUGAUGAAGCUGCUCUGGAUCGGCUCUCACUCGUUACUGAGAUGACUAAACAUAUUCGGGUCAGAGCUUCUGGGGGAAGGAAUACAGCAUCUGAGCUUGGACAAUUCUCGCCCAUAUUUGUCUGGCUGCUUAGGGAUUUUUAUUUGGACUUAACUGAGGAUAAUAGGAAAAUAACACCACGAGACUACUUGGAACUUGCAUUGAGACCAAUUCAAAGUGGUGGGAGAGAUGUAUCUUCCAAAAAUGAGAUUAGGGAGUCCAUUCGUGCUCUUUUUCCUGACAGGGAAUGCUUUACUCUUGUGCGACCCUUGAGCAAUGAAAACGAGUUGCAAAGGCUUGAUCAAAUAGCAUUGGAUAAACUCCGGCCAGAAUUUAAAGCAGGUCUUGAUUCUUUGACAAGAUUUGUUUUUGAGAGGACCAGGGCUAAACAAGUUGGUGCAACUGUAAUGACGGGACCCAUUUUUGCCCGCAUUACUCAAUCUUUUAUUGAUGCUAUAAAUAAUGGUGCAGUACCCACGAUUACAUCUUCAUGGCAGAGUGUUGAGGAAGCAGAGUGUCAAAGAGCCUAUGAUCUAGCGGCUGAGGCUUACAUGUCUUCUUUCAAUCGUUCUACACCUCCUGAGGAAGCUGCAUUGAGAGAAGCACAUGAAGAUGCUGUUCAAAACUCAAUGACUGCAUUUAAUGGUACUGCUGUCGGGGCUGGAGGAAUCAGGCAAAAAUAUGAGAAGCGUCUUCAGAGUUUUAUUAAAAGGGCAUUUGAGGAUAUUAAAAGGGAUUCCUUCAGGGAAGCUUUUCUACAAUGUUCAAAUGCGAUACAGGACAUGGAAAAGGAACUAAGAAUGGCUUGUCAUGCUCCUGAUGCAAAAAUAGAUGGUGUACUUAAAGUUCUUGAUCAGCUUGUAUCAAAAUAUGAAGAAUCAACUCAUGGUCCAGAAAAAUGGCGAAAGCUUAGUGUUUUCUUGCGACAAAGUUUGGAAGGCUCACUUCUAGAUCUUACCAAGAAACAACUAGAUCAAAUUGGAUUGGAGAAGACUUCUCUCGCAUUGAAGUGCCGUUCCAUCGAGGAUAAGAUGGGUUUGCUCAACAGACAAUUGGAAGCUAGUGAGAAGUACAAGUCUGAAUAUCUGAAGCGCUAUGAAGAUGCUAUCAAUGACAAGAAGAAGCUUUCAGAUGAUUAUAUGAGUCGUAUAACCAACUUGCAGAGUAAAUGUAGUUCAUUAGAAGAGAGAUGUUCCAGCUUGUCAAAAACAGUGGAUUCUGCCAAGCAUGAGUCUUUGGAAUGGAAAAGAAAAUACGAGCAAGCAUUGUCAAAGCUGAGGGCUGAUGAAGAUCAGGUAAAUGCAGAAAUUGCAAUCCUCAAGUCAAGAACUUCUGCUGCUGAAGCAAGAGUUGCUGCUGCUAAAGAACAAUCUCAGUCUGCUCAAGAGGAAGCUGAGGAGUGGGCGCGAAAAUAUGAAAUUGCUGUCAAGGAAGUGAAAAAAGCUCUAGAGAAGGCAGCAGUUGUCCAAGAGCGUACAAAUACGCAGACGCAAAUGAGAGAAGAGGCUUUAAGGAAAGAAUUUUCCCUUACCCUGGCUGAGAAGGAUGAUGAAGUUAAGGAUAAGGCAUCAAAGCUUGAAAAGGCUGAGCAGCAGUUGACAACCCUCAGCAUGGGGUUGAAGGCUGCUGAAUCAAAGGUAAAAAACUAUGAUCUAGAAGUAUCAUCAUUGAAGGUUGAAAUCAGGAAUUUGGGUGCGAAGUUAGAGAACAUUAGUGCUACUGCACAGUCAUUUGAAAGAGAAGCUAGAAUUCUUGAACAAGAGAAACUUCAUCUGGAGCAAAAAUACAAAUCUGAAUUCGAAAGGUUUGAGGAUGUCCAGGAACGGUGCAAAUCAGCUGAAAUAGAGGCAAAAAGAGCAACUGAACUGGCUGACAAAGCAAGAUCUGAAGCUGCUAUAGCUCAAAAGGAAAGGAGUGAGAUUCAGCGAACAGCAAUGGAAAGAUUGACUCAAAUUGAGAGGGCUGAGAGACUCAUUGAAAGCCUGGAGAGGGCAAAAACUGACCUAACUGAUGAACUAGCUAGGCACCGGGCAGCAGAGACGGAUGCUCAGUCAAAGGUUUCAAUACUUGAGGCUAGAGUUGAAGAAAGGGAAAAAGAGAUAGAGUCUCUACUGAAAUCAAACAACGAACAGAGGGCCAGUACAGUUCAAGUUCUUGAGAGUCUGCUGGAGACUGAGCGCGCAGCACGUGGUGAAGCUAAUAAUAGGGCUGAAGCUCUCUCUGUGCAAUUGCAAGCUACUCAGGGAAAGCUAGACCUCCUUCAGCAACAGAUGACUGCUGUCCGUCUAAAUGAAACCGCACUAGACAGUAAGCUAAGAACAGCAUCACAUGGAAAACGUGCCAGAGGCCAUGAAUACGAAACAGGGGGGGAUUCUGUACAGGACAUGGAUACAAAUGAUCGAGGAAGGAGGGUUAGUAAGAGGGCGAAGAGCACUAGUAGUCCUCUAAAGAUGGGAUCACCUGAUGAUGGAGCUUCAGUUUACAGGGGAUCUGAAGAAAAUGAGAGCCAGCAAUCAGAAGAUUAUACCAAGUUCACAGUGCAGAAACUUAAACAAGAGCUUACAAAACACAAUUUUGGUGCUGAGCUGCUCCAGUUGAAGAACCCAAACAAGAAGGAUAUUCUAGCUCUCUAUGAGAAAUGCAUUCUCCACAAGUCUUAGCCUUCGAAAUGCUAGCUGGGUAGAAAGGUUGAACUGACUGUGCUCUCCUUAGUCUCUAGACAUUUUCUUCUAACAUUUGACAACCUGAAGCUGGCAGAUUUUUUUUUAUUUUUACUUUUUACCACUUUGUUGGAGAAGUUGUGUGAUUAUUGGGUAACUGAUGUACUAUUAACUGCUGACAUAAAUCUGAGUCAUGUAAUUUCAGGAUCAUGGUUGUAAAAUUCAUUUGGGUUUCUGUUUUCAGGUUUGGUUAGAGUUGUUUCA